AUGGUUGCUCAAUAUAUACUGAACAAAGACGAAUCUGAAUCUGUUGUAACUGUAGGACUUGAUGAUACAACAAAGGCUGCAGGUCAUAAGUUCUUUGACAUUAAAACUGAUUAUUUAACAAUAGCUGGGCCGAAUCACGAUAGAAAGUCAUUUACAACAGGCUAUAUUGAAUAUGUAUCCCACUCUGGAAAGGACGGUGCACGGGCAUAUGGUAUGAAACUACAAUGCCUAGCCACACUCUCAAACAGUACAGUUGAUGAAAUCAAAAGUCAUAUAGACUUUUGGAUCUGUGAUCGGGCAUCUGAUUGUAAAGUGCUUUUGGAGAACUUGGAUAUUGCUUUAGAAAAGACUUUGAAAUGUACUGCCCAUGUUGUUCUUGGAGUUGACUACGCCAUAGAUAAAGUAUUCCGUAACACAGAACAGCACAUUGACGUGCAAAAUUUGAUUGAUUGUGGGAAAAUCUUGAAAUCACCUUCUUCAAGUGUAUCUACAGUUGGUCUCUUUGUACAAUCAGUAUAUGGACUGUCAACGAUGAAUCCGGGAUGUAAUGAUCGCAACUGGACUGGUGUUAAAGGUUUCUUUCAGGAAAAACUUUCAAAACUGAAAACGCUAUGUGAAAAUUUUAGUAAAAAUAAAACUGGUAAAGGAAAACUGAUAGGUACCGUUUUAUGUGAAGUUGUAGAAACUGUCAAUCGUCAAUUAGCAGAAAUGGACUAUUUUGAUUCAGAAAGCGACAUUGGUGAAGCAUGUGAUCAAAACUUGAAAUUUGCACCUCUGACAAACCUUGGCUGCGAAUCAGAUUUUGGUAAACUUGAUAAUCGUCUUCGGGUAGCUGGUGGUAUGACAAGUAUUAACACACAUUCAAAUAAAAACGUUGCCACUAAUGGAUUUCUCAAUUCUGUAGACUUUGUAAAUAGCUCUGAAACAGAUCGCCGUGCUAAAUGGAAAUGGGCUGGAAGAUCAGAAGAGGAUUUGUACAGCCAGCCAUUGCUGUAA